GACUCCUCGAGGCCUUCCUUCCUUCUCCCUCUCUCUCUCUCUCUGCAUCUCGCUCUUAGACUCCAUUUCUAAGCAUCGAAAAUGCAGAGCGCUACCUUCACUCUCACGCCGUCCCUCCGCCUACCGAAGACUCGGAGGCCGUCGGCGAGCCCCGCCGUGAACUCUAGGUUCGAUCCGAUACGCGUUUCGGCCUCCUCGAAGCCGCACAAUUUCAAUGAUGCGCUCUCCGCUUCUCUGCCGCGCCGAUCCUGGACUCUGUCAUCGUCUUCCUCUGAUUUCAAGCUCAGGCCGUGGACGUCCGUGCCGUUAGUCGAUUCCGAUGCCGGAACGAAGCGUUUUGAGGUUCGGGCCACUGCGGAGACCGCCGAAGAGAGCACUGAAUCUGGAAGCAGCUUGUUCAAAACGCUUGAGCUCGGGGCGUUGUUUGGCCUCUGGUUCCUCUUCAACAUCUGGUUCAAUAUCUACAACAAGCAGGUCUUGAAGGUGUUCCCAUACCCAGUAACUGUCACUGGAAUACAAUUUGCUGUUGGGACUGUGCUUGUUCUGCUUAUGUGGGGUUUGAAUCUGUACAAGAAACCGAGAGUUAGUGGUGCACAGCUCGCAGCAAUUCUUCCACUGGCGAUUGUGCAUACUUUGGGUAACCUUUUUACUAAUAUGAGUCUUGGGAAAGUGGCUGUCUCGUUUACUCACACGAUCAAAGCUAGUGAACCCUUUUUCUCAGUUAUCCUCUCAGCCAUGUUUCUCGGGGAGAUACCCACUCCAUGGGUGGUUGCUUCAUUGAUACCAAUCGUUGGUGGAGUGGGACUGGCAUCAAUUACUGAGGUCUCGUUUAAUUGGGCUGGAUUUUGGAGUGCUAUGGCUUCCAACUUGACAAACCAAUCUCGUAACGUCCUUAGCAAAAAGGUCAUGGUUAAGAAAGAGGCAAAUAUGGACAACAUUACACUCUUCUCAAUUAUAACAGUCAUGUCCUUUUUCUUGUUAACUCCUGUGGGUAUCUUCAUGGAAGGGGUGAAAUUUACUCCAGCAGUCCUGCAAUCUGCUGGUCUGAAUGUAAAACAAUUAUAUAUUAGGUCUUUCAUUGCUGCACUCUGCUUCCACGCGUAUCAGCAGGUUUCGUACAUGAUAUUGCAGAGGGUAUCACCUGUUACUCAUUCUGUGGGUAAUUGCGUGAAGCGUGUGGUGGUUAUUGUGAGCUCUGUUCUCUUCUUCAGGACACCCGUUUCACCUAUUAACGCUCUCGGCACCGGAGUGGCGCUUGCCGGAGUUUUCCUAUAUUCAAGGGUGAAGCGUAUUAAAUCCAAGCCGAAGAGCGCUUGAAGUAGCGCAAUGAGAUUUUGCUCUUUGCUGAUGGAGUUGGAUGAAAAAUUGCAGUUUAAUUGUAGGUCAGGCAGGGGAACCUAAUUAGUGGUCGGGCUCUUAAUAUUUUCAUGUUGCUUUUUUCUUGUAUUUUUGUUUUUGUUUUAGAAUUUCAUAUUUUUCUGGACCACAUGAUGUGACGAGAAGUAGCAUAUCCUCCGUUCUUCUCGUUUCAAGUUGUAAUCGAAUUUUUCAAGGGGUUCACCAUUUGGGUGUAGAACGUAACCCCGAAAAAGGAUUAACCAUUGAAGAAGGUGAUGGUGAUUGUAGGACAACAGUAAGUAUAUGUAUACAUGUUUUGUGACAAUGUGACCGUCACACUUGAAA